UUUUUUUGCUUGAUCACAUUGCAUCACAGCAUGACAAAACCCUAUAGUUCUGCUUUCUCGGAGUAGAGGUUGUGUGCAUACUCUCGACCUCUGCGUUCCAGGAUGUCCCACACUUUCUCAAUGUUUCCUUGCAGCUCAAGCUGCUCAUGAUCUUCCCUGUAGUGCUGUCACUUCAUCUGCGUGGGUUGUUCUGCUUUGGAUUACAAUUGCCUAUAAUGGUGCUUGUGUGUGGAUUCCACUCGUAGCAUCACCGCAGUGUACUUGGCAGUGGGAAACUGGUGGUAGGCAUAUGAAGCUGCGAUGAACUCAACAAAGGCCCGCAUGGACGACAUCCACGUAGAAUCUACUUGGAAAGCUAGAUUCCCUCAUACUUCGUCUCUCCCUUUGAUCCCGUAAUAUAUUAGAAUCGGGAGGGAGGAGGAAGCAGCGAGAAUGAGCCAGACUUGUCUUCUUUGCGUCGCCCUGUUGGUGGUUGCCAUGGCCACCGGGGGUAGGGCAGUGGGCGUAAAUUGGGGGAAGAUGGCGACGCACCGGCUGCCGCCCAAGAAGGUGUUGAAGAUGCUGGUGGAGAACGGGUUCGACAAGGUGAAGCUGUUCGACGCGGACUCCGACAUGCUCGAAGCUCUGACGGGGACCGACAUCGAGGUUAUGGUCGGCAUACCCAACUACAUGCUGGAGGAGGUGAGCAUUGAUCAACAGCGAGCCGCCGACUGGGUGGACGAGAACGUCACCUCUUGGAGGUACACCGGUGGCGUCAACAUCAAAUAUGUUGCGGUGGGUAAUGAGCCGUUGUUGCGGGCAUAUGGAGGCAAUUACAGCCGACCCACGUUACGAGCAUUGAAGAAGAUUCAGAAAGCUCUCGACGACUCAGGGCUGGGAAGCCAUGUGAAGGCCACCGUCCCCUUCAAUGCCGACAUCUACACUUCUCCGGGUCCGCACCCCGUCCCUUCAGCAGGACACUUCCAACCGGAGACACGAGAAACCGUCCUCAAAAUCCUCGCCGUCCUCUCCGAAAACAACGCUCCUUUCGUCGUCAACAUCCACCCCUUCCUCUCCGCCUACGGCGACAAGUACUUCCCGGUGGACUUCGCCUUCUUCGGGGUGGCCAAAACGCGCGUCAGUGACGGCGAAGCAGUCUACACCAACGUGCUCGACGCCAGUUUCGAUACCCUGGUCUGGUCCUUGAGGAAAGCAGGGUAUCCCGAUAUGCCCAUCAUCAUCGGCGAGAUUGGCUGGCCAACUGACGGCGACAAGAACGCCAACGUGAAGAUGGCCAAAGAGUUCAACCAAGGGCUGCUCCGCCAUGUCACGGGCGGAAAGGGGACGCCUGCGAGAAACGGGAGCAUGGAGGUUUACCUGUUUAGCCUCAUGGACGAGGACGACAAGAGCAUCGCUCCCGGGCCCUUCGAGAGGCACUGGGGCAUCUUCGAGUUCGACGGGAAGCCCAAGUACGGAUUGGAUUUGUCGGGGCAUGGAGGAGACACCAAUCUGGUGAACGUCGAGGGGGUCGAUUACCUGCCAAGAAGAUGGUGCAUUCUCGACCCGGCUGCCACCGACCUCACCGACUUGAAUGACAGCGUCAACUACGCCUGCUCUUUCUCGGAUUGCACUUCCAUGGGGUAUGGCUCAUCCUGCAACCACUUGGACCUCCAUGGGAACGCGUCCUAUGCUUUCAACAUGUACUACCAGGUGAAGAACCAGGAGGCCGGUGCCUGUGUCUUCUCUGACCUCGCCGUGGUCAUCGAUCGGGACCCGAGCGACGACAAGUGCCGAUUUCCGGUGAUGAUUGCUUACGGUUCACUUGCAGCAGCACAGGGGAAGACGAUAGACUUGGUGGUGGCUGUGAUGGGAGGGAUGGCGACGUUGCUGUUCUUGCUGUUGAGAGAGGCACGAGUGGCAUAGGAUGAUUUGGCUUGUUCAAUCAGCUUGUUUUAUGUGGGAAAUGCUUCUCCAACAGCAACAUAUUUCACAUACUAUUGCUGAAUUAUUCUACAUAGAUGAUUUGAGAAACCAGAACAGAACAAAUCAACAACCAGAUGACUUCUGCAAUUGCUCGAGCAAGAUUCAUUACAAGAACAGAACAAGAGUCUGCAGAUAAAAGGACAAUGCACGAUUAUUGAUCUGUGGUCAAGCAUAACAUGAAAACCAGCUGAAGAACCUUAGAGCAUUCAUAUGAAAUAUAUGUAUGAUUCCUUGUGCUCUUUCUGAAA